AUGUCAAACUAUACCUCUACGCCCUCGUUGGGGGGUUCCUCGAGCUAUCCGAAUCAAUGGCCUCCCGCAAACCCUCCUCAGCAAACCCCCAUGCCUUCGAUACUACCAUCUAAUUUCCCUUUUCCUCCCGAUUCAUCUGGCACUCAAAACGCGCCCAACAAUAUGAACAAUUUCGAUGCGAACUCGCGUCUUCCGGGUCUCGGGAUUGGCGCUCCUGGGCCAUUACCUCCGCCGCCCUUUCCUUUUUCGGGUCCAUUGACACCUUCCCAGUUUCCUCCAGCCCCUUUCCCUCUACAAAUGCCUCUGCUGGGCUACCCACCGAUGCCUCUCCCAAUGCAAACACAAACGAAUCCGCUAGUGACAAAUGAAAACAUCUCAGGUCACACCAUGAACGCGAUGAACCGUCCACAGGAUUACUCGACAAACCCAAGACUUAAUAAUGAACAGGAGGAAGGAGAAGUCACUGACGGCGAAAAUGUGGGGCUUGCGUGCCCGGGGAUUGAGGGGAAGGGCCAGUCUGGACGUGUUGCGAGCGCGUACUCUCCUCCUGUUCGGAUGGAGGCCGACACACCGACUAACAACCCAACAACGAACUGCCACACAGAAGGCCUUCGAGGAUAUGAAAGAGUUUUGCCCAGGGACUCGGAGGAGGGUCAAGUUUCUAUUUCGUGUGCUUCGUCCAGAGCCAGUGGAUCCCCCUAUAAUCCUCCCAUGUCGGUUACCGCUGCCUCUCCCGUACCUGAGAAGAGAUCUGUACAUAGCGUCGACGAGCGGCCAGUAUCCCCGGGCCAAAAGAACGAAAAAGAACAGCCUCGUUCCCAGUCUAAUCCCGGAAAGUCGCCAGAUCAACUUCGAAUUCAGGCCCAAGGCGCCCUUCUUAGUCUUGCACCUCACAACAUUCGUUUCGAGGAGUUAGUGGGUGAAGGGAUCAACCCAGAAUUGCUUCGACAAUUAUAUGAAGAGGUUGGCAUCAAAGUUUCCACGCUGCCUGUUACAACAGUGGCUGAACCCCCGUCAUUCACCAACGGAGUGGGCCCUGCGCAAAGACAAGGGACAGAUUCAACAAUGAAAAGUCCAAACGAUUUACAAAAAAGUCCUGUAGGACGUCCCGCCUCUGCUUCCCAGUCAGACACGACCAAACCAAUGGAGCGUAAAGAGGUCAUCGCUCGUAUGCUUGCGGCGAAGGCUACCAAAGCUUCUGGUCCAUCUCCAUCGCCUCAGACCAAUGUUGCCAAGGAAAGUUCAACAAUCCCCAACACAGUGGCACCUUCGAGGGAAAUAUCUGCCAAGGAAAAAGAAAUCCCUGUCAGGGAAAAGAACAAAGCUCAAACUGAGCUGGCAAGGCAGCGAAUUGAGCAACUUAAGAAGCAGGGCUUGAUGAGAAAUCAGAAAGCACAGCAGGAGCCUGCUUCCCAAGACCAGCAGUCGCGAACUGCCGCACCAUCUCCAAGCGUCACGGUAGGGCAGCAUCCAUUGCCUGAACGGCCUCCUGAACGCGAAGGCCCUUCUGCUUGUCUUCCCGGUCUAUUCAUGAUAGGGUCGGACCAGACUCCAGUUCCUGACCCUCAUGCUACGCCUAUUCAAAACCUUCCGCUUGAUCCGACUCCGCAACCCCGGGUAACUCAACGCAAACGUCCUCGCGCAUCCGAUUUUGAUGAAAUCAAUAAUUUCUCGAGUAGAUGUCUUAGUCAUGGGGCAGGGAGUGCGGCUCCCGAGGAUAGGCUGGUGAUAGACAUCAGUGACGAUGAGUUUUAUGGAGAAAACGAAGACAAUGCGAUGGAUGUCGAAGAACACCAACCACUUGGAACCAUUUCAUCGUCCACCGACUUUCCUACGUCUCUCACCCCUCGAAAUAACGACCAGGAACACCUUCGCCAAAAAGAUAUGGAGAUACAAGAAAUGCACCGCAAGAUUGCGGAACUUGAGCAACGAAAAAAAGCUAAACUGGUUUCUAAUCACUCUCAGUCUCCUCGUGCUACCAAUGCCUCCUCUUUACCCGUCGCAGAAAAUUCGAUUGAUGCGGACCUCGAAUCUGACAAUAUCACUCCAGCGGAGCCAGCGAUUACGAAUGGAUACAAUGGCGAUGGGGCAGAACAAGCGACUUCUAGGUCAAAUGGACCCGUCGCUGUCCCGCAAACGAAACCCCUCGCUUCGAUGGACUCAACAGAGCUGCAAACGAUACGAUCUAAAAUUCUUCGCAAACAAAAACUUGAAUCAGGCCUUCCCGAAUUGGACGCUGAAAUAGCGAGUUCUGAGGCAAAGUUAUUUUUGGUAAAGCAGGAGGAAGAUAAUAUACUCUCGGCCAUUGCGAUGGGUAAGCAGGGACGUAGACAGCUUGUACGCGAGUUGGAAGAGUUGGGCAUUGAAAUCAAUGGCUUGACGCUCGAUGAGCUUGACGCAGCUCAACGCAAAUUGGAAAGCGACCAAGCAGCAUUUCCUGCGGAAACAGCAUCGCCAUUGGCACCGACUGCAAAUGAGGAUGAUUUUCCCAUGGCAGAUAUUCCUUUGCCUACGGAGACGGGCCGAGAAAAAUCUGUUGAAGUAAGUCCGGUCGGGCAAGAACCACAGACGGAACCAGACCAUGGUCCGACCCUUUCUGGCGAUCUUGAACAAAGAGCAUCGCAUGCGUAUUCCUCUGAUUCUACAGGGUCGUCGAUGGAUGAGUCUACGGAUACCUCUAGUGUCAGCUCCGACUCCGAUAGUGAAGGGGAAUCAGACGAUGAGGACGUGCGCAGCCUUGGGCGUGAUUUGGCUGAAGAUGCGGAGAGGCCCGCCGGGGAUGACGAAACACAAAAAGAGACUGGCACAGAAAGCCACUCACCUUUAUCUAAACAUGCGCCAGCUCCCGAUGACGGCUCGUCGGGGGAAGAAUCUUACGAGCCUGGUGAUGUUGACGGAGAUGACCGCAUGUCUUCUGCCGAAUCAGAGGGGUAUGAACCACCAGAGCCAGAGCAGGAUUUAGGCUCAGUGGAAUCUGAGUAUACGCCGCCCCCUAUUAACGGGGAAGAGCCCGAAGUGUCUCCUGGCCCUCUUCCUGAUCAGUCUCACGCUGAGCCACUGACGGGAGAUGUCCAGGAAGUGAGAGUGGACUCAGGCCAUGUGCAGAAUGCCCCGAAAGUCCAGGUCCCUGUCCAUAAAUUCACGCCUUACAAAAGCCCGCUCAGGCAUUUCAAAUCCUAUCGCUAUCACCCCAACUACUCUGACCUUGUUUCAGAAGGUUAUCGUUCUCUAACGUACAGCCAUAAUAUUGAUUCCAUGAAACACCUGUGUCCUUUCCAAUCGGCGGGCGGCAUCUGCAAUGACCGUUCUUGCGAAUAUCAACAUUUUGAUGACAUGAAACUAAGCGAUGACAAGAUCCUGGUACAGAUGGGGUCUCUCCGGGAAGGCAAAACCCCAGAGGAGAAAGACCAGUACAUUGCUGGCCUGAAGCAAAUCAUCAAUGAUAUGCGGCGUGACAAGGUGAAAGAUUUCAACACCGUUGCGACAGAAAUUGCCGCAUACCGUAGACGCUUCCUGCACGAUCCAACGCGGGUCCUGCCCUUGUAA